AUGUACCCACAAGGCCGACAUCCGGCUCCUCAUCAGCCUGGGCAGCCCGGCUUCAAGUUCACUGUAGCGGAGUCAUGCGACAGGAUUAAGGACGAGUUCCAGUUCCUGCAGGCGCAGUACCACAGUCUUAAGGUGGAGUAUGACAAACUGGCCAAUGAGAAGACGGAGAUGCAGCGCCACUACGUCAUGUAUUACGAGAUGUCCUACGGCCUGAACAUAGAGAUGCACAAACAGACGGAGAUUGCCAAGAGACUGAACGCCAUCUUGGCUCAGAUCAUGCCUUUCCUGUCACAAGAGCACCAGCAGCAGGUGGCUCAGGCGGUGGAGAGAGCAAAGCAGGUGACUAUGAGCGAGCUGAAUGCCAUCAUCGGGGUACGUGGACUUCCCAAUCUGCCCCUCGCCCAGCAGCACCUGUCCCACGCCGCCCACGGUCCCCCGGUCCCUCUGCCCGGUCACCCCUCCGGCCUCCAGCCCCCCAGCCUGCCCCCAGGUCUGGCCCCUGGAUCCGCCGCCGCCCCUGGACUCCUGGCACUGGGGGCCCUGGGGAGUCAGGCCCAUCUCCCGGUGAAGGACGAGAAGAACCACCACGAGCUGGAGCACAGAGGCGAGGACUUCAUGUCUAUCUUUAUAGCGCUGAUGCUAACACUAACGCUAACGGGGGUUUAG